UUGUGUCCGCGCGUGCCUGUGAAUGGCCAUAUCUUGAAAUUUGAAAAUUUUCUUUAAAAUUAAUUAAAAACAUUAAAACAAUAGCUUAAAAUGGCCCAGAAAGUAAUCAAAUACAUUGGCCGCACCACAGACUUUAAGGGCAACACACUGUGGGAGCUGGUGUCCAAUCUGCCCAAUUGGGGAGUCGGCCGCAUGGUCAUACGUAACAUGUUCCAACGCUACCCGGAGCCGUGCUACAUGAGAAUACUUCAGGUGCAGGCGGUGGACGAUCAGCCGGAACAGAUCCGCAAGGUGCGCGUGACCGUGGAAAAGACUUGGCGCGGCGUCACCCAGCCGAAGCCCGUGGAGAUCUACAGCACCAGCUACAAGGCCGACUACGAGCUGGUGCCGCUAUCGGAGGAGGCCAAGUUCCUCAACAACCAAAAGAAAGUGGCGCCAGUGGUGCUGCCCACAAAGAUCGAUCUGCCGCCGCUGCUGCGCGAGUACGUGAGGGAGGAGACGGGCGAGGCCAAUCCCUUCAUGAAAGUCCACUUCAAGAAGACGCCCAACAAGCAGGCACGCCUGGCCCAGGCGGGAGAGGAACCCACCCUGAAAGUUAGCAUGGAUCUGGGCCAGCCAAAGCCAGUCAGCUCCAAGCUCUACGAAGGCCUGCUGUGAGGUGGAACCCCGGACCGGCUUUGCACUGUUAAAAUAUUAAAUACAUUUAAUAUACAUUUUACCUUAAGCACAA